AUGUCUCUUCCCAACGCCAAACCAGUCAUCUUGACCCAAAGCCUGAUUCUCCACCCACCGCUCUCACACCGAGGGCACGGACCGGGUCUCAUUAUUAUUCAAACAAACACAAUCCCCGGUGAGCAGAACGAAAGGACAACGCUCGACCCUGACCCAUUGCAAAAGUGGGCAGAAGAGAGCUAUACCGUCGUCCAAGUAACGGUUUCCUCGGACAGUCGCACAGUCACAGGGGAUCUCCACCGAGCCAUCAAUGCCCUUCGUGAACACGGAGAUUGUGAUCAGAAGACAGGAUACGGGGUCAUCGUAUAUCCCCUGCCGUAUGUUAAUGAGAUUGUUGCGGAAAUUGACAACUGCGAUGAAAUUGGGGCUGUUGUGGUGUAUGGGACUCUCACACAUGCACCGAAGAAACCUUUCAUCUGCCACGUACCUGAGCGAGGCUUGAAGUCAACUCACGAGCAUGGAAUUAUCUACCACUAUGGAAACGUUCCAUCGGCCUCCUUUAUCGUCCCAUCGCACAGGGAUUUCAGCGCGGCCCCAGCCGCUAUCGCACAUACACGAUGUCUGACCUUCUUGAAGAAACGGCUUGACGGACCGUGGUUUGAUCUUGAGGAGAUAUGGGAUGAACAUACCGGAUUCGAGUUUGAAGAACGCUCGGUCGAGAGCACGAUGAGCACCAUGGUUCAAGAGCCAUAUGUGAAUCAUAUUCCAACCAUGACGGGCGGCAUCGGCAGGCAGAAGCUGACGGACUUCUAUGCAAAUCAUUUCAUCUUCAACAACCCAGACGAUACGACUUUGGAGCUCGUCAGUCGCACAGUCGGAAUUGAUCGGGUUGUGGACGAGUUUGUUAUGUGUUUCACCCAUGACAAGCCGGUCGAUUGGCUCAUCCCCGGAAUCCCCCCUACCGGGAAAGCUCUCCGAAUCCCAUUCAUUGCCGUGGUCAACAUUCGGGGAGACAGGCUGUACCACGAACAUAUUACGUGGGAUCAACUGACAGUGCUAUUUCAGCUUGGCUUGAUGCCGGACUAUCUGCCAAUACCUUACGAACUUCCCCACGGUCCAUAUCCGCAGCCCUUCACGAACCUCGAGUAUCGCGUUCCGGGCGCAGGGUCCGAAACAGCAGACAAGAUGAUCGAUGAGAGUAGCGUGACUUCCAAUGAAAUGUUUGCUUAUGCUGUCCGGGAAACAACACGAUGA